AUGAGCUCUUCUUCGGUCGACAAACAUGCACCAAAUGAUUCAUCAAACGAGUCGCUUGUAGAUGAGAGCAUGAAGCUCCAGCGGCGAUUAUUCACGCCAUUCUUGCUGAGAUCGGUUCCUUCUGUUCCUCUUGAACAAGACAGACCAUUAUAUCCUGACUAUCCAAAGUAUACUAAACCCAUCGAAUGGAUCUUUUUCACGUGGAUGUUGCCUGUUUUGAAGACUGGUUACAAAAGAACGCUCCAACCGGCAGAUUUGUUCGAAUUAAACGAACAUGUAAAGGUGCAACCACUUGCCGAGAAAUUCCAUCGCAACUUUCAGAAGCGCUUGGCGCAGUACAAAACCAAACAUAUCCAAACCAAAGCUGAGCUUCGAAGCGAAACCACCAACAAAAGCUCAGUACUGAAAAAUGAGGAAAUGCUUGAUUUCGAGCCAGGGCCAGGGCUCUCACUUCUUGCUACACUAGACACCUUCCGGCUAGAUUAUUUUUCAGCAGUAGCAUUCAUGGCUGCAGCUUUGGCUGUUCAGACAACAGAGCCGCUCUUGAGUAAACGUCUCAUCAAUUAUGUGACCAUGAAAAGCUUGGGUGUAGAACUGAAUGCUGGAAAGGGCGUAGGCUUUGCCAUUGGUGUGUCGGCCAUGACCUUUUUCACGGGAAUCUGCAUCAACCAUGCCUUCUAUUUGUCAACCUUCACUGGCGCACGGAUGCGUGGUGUUUUGACAAAGUUAAUUUUGGACAAAUCUUUCAAGCUCAGCGCCCGUUCUCGUAAGAAAUAUCCUGCGUCCAAAAUUACUUCGAUUAUGAGCACAGACGUCUCUAGAAUUGAUUUGGGACUCGGCUACUCUCUUUGGACAGUUGCGUUUCCAAUUCCCAUCUGCAUAGCCAUAGGCAUUCUCAUUUACAACAUAAGAGUACCCGCGUUGGUAGGAGUUGCCCUUAUGGUCGCCUAUUUGGUGUUUGCUGCUGGAAUGGGUACUUUGUUGUACAAAUAUAGAACAAAAGCCUUAAAGCAAACAGACGCUCGUGUGGCUCUAGUAAAAGAGGUGCUUAACAACCUCAAGAUUAUCAAGCUCUAUUCGUGGGAGAUUCCAUACUUCAAUAUGAUAUUCAAGACCAGAACCACCGAAAUGAGGUUUUUGUUGAAAAUGGAAGUUGUGAGAAGUGUCAUCAUCUCGGCUGCCAGCAGUUUGACGGCGGUAUCGUCCUGGGCGGCUUUCUUGGUGCUUUAUGCUAUUGCCUCCGAAACAAAACGUAAUCCUGCCACAAUUUUUUCGUCUGUUGCAUUAUUUGCUAUUUUGAGCAAUGCAUUGACGGUUCUACCACUAUCCUUGGCUUCGGUGGUUGAUGCUGUCAUAAGUAUGGGCCGUAUUUCGAGCUACCUCUCCGCAGAAGAAGACCCCGUGCAAAAUCUUGAAUUUAGGCAAGGUGACAGAACUCCAGAAAAAGCUCAUUGUGCAAUUCUGUGCUCUGAUGCAUCUUUCGAAUGGGAAAUCUUCGAAGACGAAUCUGAGGAUGAAGAAGAUGGUAAAACCGAGGCUGAAAAGGCAGAUAUCAGAAAAAGAAAGCUAGAAAGAAUGGAGAAAAAAAAAUCAAGAAAGAGGAAUGAAAGAAUGACACCUCAAGUGAAAGUAAAAGAUAAUUCGGCACCGUUUCCAGGUCUGGAAAGUAGUGACUUUUCUGAGAAGGGCGAAUCCUCCAAAAAAGUAAAAAAAACCUUUAGACUUGGGCCAAUAAGUCUUCAAGUUCAACAUGGAGAGUUUCUUGCCAUCACUGGCCAAAUUGGCUCUGGAAAAUCGUCCUUGUUGCUGGCACUAGCCGGGACUAUGAAAAGUACAGGAGGACUGGUCAGUAUCGGAGGAGACAUAAUAUUAUGUGGAACUCCAUGGGUUCAGAAUGCUACAGUUCAGGAAAACAUUCUAUUUGGACUCCCAUACGAUAGAGAAUGGUAUCAACAAGUGAUCUUCAGCACUUGCUUGCAAGCAGACUUAGAUAUUCUUCCAGCCGGAGACCAAACAGAAGUUGGUGAGCGUGGUAUCACCAUCUCGGGAGGACAAAAGGCUCGAUUAUGUUUAGCAAGAGCCGUCUACGCCAACCCUAGUAUUCUUUUGUUGGACGAUGUUCUCAGCGCUGUUGAUGCCAAAGUUGGACAACAUAUCAUGGAUCACUGUAUCACUGGACUCUUGAGAAACACAACUGUGAUUCUUGCUACUCAUCAGCUCUCAUUGGUUUCUUCUGCAAACCGUGUUGCGUUCAUGGAGUUGGAUGGGAAGAUUUCGAUAGGACUGUUGGAAGAACUCAUGGACUCAAACUUAGCAUUUAAGGACCUCAUGCAACACAAUACCCAUUUUGGUCCAGGAAAUAUUGACAUAGACGGAGCGGAGGAUAUAUACGAAGACAAUAAGAUAGAGCUUGACAAGAGUCGUUCUUUCAAGAAGGAAGAUGGAGUUCUUGUCAGCGAAGAAGAGAAAUCCGUCAAUGCAAUUGGUAUUGACGUUGUCAGCCGUUAUAUAUGUACGGGAGCUCGAGGUUUUGGGUUCAAUUGGAUUAUUAUCGUGGCCCUCACACUCACAGUGUUACAUGUCUUCUUUGAAUUGUUCCAAAACACCUGGCUAUCCUUCUGGGUCGAAUACAAGUUCGGAACAAAAACAAACGGGUGGUACAUUGGACUUUAUACUUGUUUUGUGGCCCUAUCGGUGAUAUUCAACCUUACUUCUUUCGCUUCAGUGAUAUACAUCAUGAACAGGGCUUCUCGCAUCCUCAAUAUCGAAGCUUGCCGGCGAGUGUUUUAUGUUCCGAUGUCAUUCAUGGAUGUAACUCCAAUGGGAAGAAUAAUCAACAGAUUCACAAAGGACACCGACGUUUUGGAUAGUGAGAUGGGAGACAAAGUUGCUCUUGUAACGCUCUUCAGCGCAUUCUUGUCGGGAAUCCUCAUUCUUUGUAUCAUUUUUCUACCAUGGAUUGCAUUUGCUAUUCCGGUGUUAGCUUUCUUUUUCUUUCUCGUUGCAGGAAUAUACCAGGCUUCCGGAAGAGAAAUCAAGCGGCUAGAGGCCAUUCAGAGGUCGAAGGUGUACAACAACUUCAAUGAGUCUCUCACAGGAAUGGAAACUAUCAAGAUCUAUGGCAAGACCGACAGAUUUCUCCGGAAAAAUGCCGAUCUCAUUAACAUAAUGAACGAGGCGUACUAUCUUUCGGUCGCAAACCAGAGAUGGUUGGAUAUUGCCAUAACAGGGUUGAUGGUAGGAUUCGUGCUCAUUUUAACAUUUCUUUGCGUUUUCAAGGUGUUCAAGAUCUCACCUGCCUCUGUAGGAUUACUCUUGUCGUACAUCUUUCAAGCAGCUGGAUUGGUUUCGAUGCUUAUAGUCAUCUUCACUCAAGUGGAACAAGAUAUGAACUCUGCAGAGCGUAUUUUAGAGUACGUCGAGGAUCUUCCACAAGAAGCUCCAUACAUAAUCGCCGAUACGACGCCACUGCCUAGUUGGCCCGAAGAAGGAAAAAUUGUGUUCGAAGAUGUGGAUAUGGUCUACCGCCCAGGCUUACCUCUAGUUCUUAAGAAGUUCACUGCCACUAUCGGAGCCAAUGAGAAAAUUGGAAUCUGUGGACGUACGGGAGCAGGAAAGUCUUCCAUUAUGACUGCCUUGUACAGACUCACAGAGAUGAAAGGAGGCAGCAUCCAUAUAGAUGGAGUCAAUAUCUCAACGCUUGGUCUCAAGAAUCUCCGAUCUCGGUUAUCGAUCAUUCCACAAGAUUCUGUUCUCUUCGACGGCACCAUCCGAAAGAAUCUUGACCCCUUUGGAGAGAAGACUGACGACGAACUUUGGAGUUUCUUGCGUCGCACAAAUAUCAUUCCAAUGGAUGAAAUCGAUACGGUGAAGAAGCAGCUCCCAACAGACCCCGACCUUCAUCAGUUCCAUUUGGAUCGGGUUGUUGAGGAUGAAGGCGCCAACUUUUCGCUUGGCGAGCGUCAAUUGGUCUCGUUUGCGCGAGCAUUGGUUCGGAACACCAAAAUCCUUGUUUUAGACGAGGCAACUUCAAGUGUCGAUUAUGCUACCGAUAAGAAGAUUCAGGAUGCGAUAGUGUCUGAAUUCAGCCAUUGCACGAUCCUAUGCAUUGCGCACCGCUUGAAGACGAUUUUGAAAUAUGACCGAGUAAUUGUGAUGGACAAGGGUGAGAUCGUUGAGUUCGAUACACCCAAGAAUCUCUUCCAUUUGGAUGGAUAUUUCCGCCAGAUGUGCAACAAGACCGGCAUAACAGCCAAAGACUUCUGA